AUUAGAUACAUUUUUUUUUUUUGACAGUAGCAGCAUUAGAUACACGAAUGCAUGUAUACGCAUACACAGAAAAAUGAAAUCUGAUUCAUUCCGCGUCAAUAUCACGAUUCAUAAGCGAAAGAGUUCAAGAGAAAACUGACACACACACAAAAAACUCAGAAAAAUCAAACUCUCAAACGCCAUCACCACCAAAAUACCUAAUAUUCAAUUUCAUGCUCCUAUCUUCAAUUUCUGUUCAUCUCAAUCGAUGAUUAUCAUUUCUAUUGAUUCGAAUCGUGUUUUCUCCUAUCAAUGGAGGAGUUGUGGUUUUGAUUGAUUUCAAUUUCGAUUCGUUAUUCCCAAUCUGUGACUUGAUUCCGAGAAUUUCGAGAUGAGCAUGCCGAAACCUAAUCAAGUAGCAGUUAGAGACCUCGUUGAGGAAGCGAAGAAACGGAUUGUGAUUCUCAUCGUUUGCGUUGUUGGACUCUCCUAUCUAAUGUCAUUGACAAGCUCCUCAGUUUGGGUCAACUUGCCUGCUGCAGCUUCCUUAAUUAUCAUUUUCCGUUAUUUAUCACUGGAUUAUGAAAUGAAGAGAAAAGCUGCAGCAUACAACAAUAAAGCAAACUCCACCAGUAUUCAGUCUUCAAAAAAGCCUACCGAAAAUCCUAAAGCAGUUGCAAAAUUUGAGUGGCGAGCAAAAGUGAAUUCUCCUGUUGUUGAGGAUGCAAUUGAUCACUUCACUAGACAUCUGAUUUCUGAGUGGGUAACAGAUCUUUGGUACUCUCGCUUAACACCGGACAAAGAGGCUCCUGAAGAGUUGGUGCAACUAAUUAAUGGUGUACUUGGUGAAAUUUCAGGACGCAUGAGAAAUAUAAAUCUGAUAGAUUUUUUGAUAAGGGAUCUUGUUAAUCUCAUUUGCACUCAUUUGGAGUUGUUUCGUGCUGCUAUCUCCAAGAUUGAAAAACAGCACACAGGUUCAUUAACAAUUGAAAGUCGAGAUACAGAACUAAAAAUUGUGUUGGCUGCAGAAAACAAAUUGCAUCCUGCUUUAUUCUCUUCUGAAGCUGAGCACAAGGUUUUACAGCAUCUGAUGAGUGGUCUUAUGUCUGUCACUUUCAAGUCGGAGGAUUUGCAGUGUUCUUUCUUUCGAUAUACUGUCAGGGAGCUUCUUGCAUGUACUGUAAUGCGACCUGUUCUAAAUUUAGCCAAUCCAAGAUUUAUUAAUGAAAGAAUUGAGUCUGUGGUAAUUAAUAAGACCAAGAGUAACAAAGGGGUUGAUGCAGCUCAAGGGGUAUCCCACACUAAAGCAGAUGAGCCACAAACUUCAUCUGACCAUUUUUCCAAGUGUGUAGAUCCUUCCGUUACUGGUGUUGAGCUUACACAGCUAAAAAAUAGUCAAUCCAGAAAUGCAGAGACGUCUGCAGAAAGAAAUGCUUCUGAUAACCUUGCUAGGGAUCCAUUGCUUUCAAUUGAUACUCGAUCUUCCCGUUCAUGGAGCUCUCUACCUGGAAACUCUCAAAGUAAUGGUGACCAAGGUAUUCAACGAUAUCGCUCUGGAGGAGAGUGGGGAGAUAUUUUAGAUGUCGUCUCUCGUAGAAAGACCCAAACUCUUGCUCCAGAACAUUUUGAGAAUGUGUGGGCAAAGGGAAAAAAUUACAAGAAAAAGGAUGGAGAGAACCAAUCGAAUGAACGAGCCCCACAACAUCCCCCAAUAGGAAAAUUACCCAAUGUAAAUCAUAUUAAGGCAAUAUCUGGACCAAAAGAAAAAAAUACUAGAUUGAAGCUUAAUUCCUCUACGGACAAAAAUGCAACCUUUCAUACAGACAAAAAUGGAUCAACUCAUUCUUCAGUUACCUCGUAUAAAGAUGAUGAGCACAACCACAUCAAUAUGCAUACGAGUGAAUCAGAGAGCAAUACUUCUUACACUUCAGAAGAUGAUGAAACUAGUAAUGUUACAGGUCUUGAUUCCCCUGGAACUAAGGUUUGGGAUGGAAGAAGUAUCAGAAACCAGGCUGUUUCUUAUGUUCAUCACCCACUUGAAAGUUUUGAUAACCACAGUACAAAGAAAAGGAAUAAGAACCGUUCCCGCUACCCGAGAUCAUUCAGAAAUCAAUCUGGCAGUAAAAGGUCUAGAUCAAGCGAUCAGAAGACACAGAUGUGGCAGGAAGUUGAAAGAUCAAGUUUUUUAUCUGGUGAUGGUCAAGACAUACUCGGCUCUUCAAAAUCACUUGUGAAUUCUGACGAGUCCUCCGAUGAGGUCGAUUUUGAAAGUUUGGGUAGAAUUUAUAGUGGAGCAGCUGCCUCUUCUUCAUCCUCUAUAUCUAAACAAGAAUCUUGUAGUUUGGCUGUUAAUCCUCUGAUAAGUUCUUCUUCUGUAGAUUCCUUUUACAAGUUGAGAUGUGAGGUCUUGGGUGCAAACAUUGUGAAGAGUGGUUCAAGAACAUUUGCCGUUUACUCCAUAUCCGUUACAGAUGUAAAUAAUAACAGUUGGUCAAUUAAAAGAAGGUUUCGUCAUUUUGAAGAGCUGCAUCGGCGCCUGAAAGAGUUCCCUGAGUAUAAUCUUCAUUUGCCACCGAAACAUUUUCUGUCAACUGGUUUAGAUGUAGCAGUCAUUCAAGAGCGGUGUGAAUUGCUUGAUAAAUAUUUGAAGAAACUUAUGCAGCUACCUAAAGUUUCAGAAUCAAUUGAAUUAUGGGACUUUCUGAGUGUUGACUCUCAGACCUACAUAUUCUCAAAUUCUUUUUCUAUCAUGGAAACAUUACCAGUUGGCCUGGACUCUAAGUCACCUGAGAAGACUAAAAUCAGUUCCACUGUUUCUGCAUCUGGAAGUGACCCUUUUGCCUUUCAGAGGGAAAACUAUAGUUCUGAAAGUAAAGAGGCUGGUUUGCGAAGAAGAAAUAAUGCUGUUGAUAAUGGAUUGAGGCCAAAAUUAAAUAACACGCCUCUUUCUCUACCGACGAAAAAGAAUACGCAGGAAUCUAGACAGUCAUUUGACAAUUCUGGAAGCAAUGCAGAUAUUCUAGCACGGAAGAGUGCGCCUUCUCCCAAUAAUCCGCAGAAGUCAGUGAAAGGAAGAGAUAAGUCGGAUGAGGUCUCUGAUGUGAACCGUGAUACUGCUGACACUCUUCCAACAGAGUGGGUGCCACCAAAUUUAAGUGUACCCAUAUUGGAUCUCGUUGAUGUUAUCUUCCAGCUGCAAGACGGUGGAUGGAUUAGGAGGCAAGCUUUUUGGGUUGCAAAACAAGUCUUACAACUAGGGAUGGGCGAUGCCUUAGAUGAUUGGUUGUUAGAGAAAAUUCUGCUUCUCCGAAAGGGGUCAGUGAUUGCUUCAGGGGUCACACGAGUUGAGCAAAUUGGUAUUCGAGAGCUCCUUUCAGUAGUUGUUGGGAGAGGUUAACAGCAAGAUCCAUUGUAUCGACAAGAAUGGCACUAAAUUAGUGGAGUCAAUAGUGCUCUAGCAGCGUUGCAAGGAGGCCCCUGAUCACUACAUAAUAAGCUGUUAAGCGUUCUGGCUGUAGCAGCUGAAAUAGCGAUUGUUGCACUCCACUCCACUAUCUGAUUUUGGCAUUGGUAACAUUGAGCUAGAUUAGAUACAGUGGCGAGAACGCAUGAAAUCCAGAUACGUAGGAUUCUUGUAUUAUGAAGAAAAAUACUCCCCGAAGCUCUUCACUCCUUCCAGUUCCUCUUUCUUUUUUUUUAAAACCCUCUCCUCCCAAACAAAUUCUAAGUGUAGCAGUGCUUUCUAUAAUGAACACCUUUUUUUCUAUCAUCUGAUCCAAUUCUUAUAAUAUGUUUUGAAAAUGUCUUAAUCAUUUAAAUUUCUCUCACUUUGAUGAAAUUAUGUGUUUCAAUUUGUACUAUACAUUCCUGAUUAUCUUUGGAUGCAACAGUGCAGUUUUAAUUAGUAUGAUGGUCCAGAAUAUACUCCGGACAUUGCUUAGAUAUAGAUGUAGUGUACUUAUGAGGUAUUGUGACUGCAAUU